ACAAGGACAGACAAAGGGAUUAAGUCGAUUAUAUCGACCCCAGUGCAUAACUGGUACUUAAUUUAUCGACCCCCGAAAGGAUGAAAGGCAAAGUGAACCUGGGCGGAAUUUGAACUCAUAUAUACCGCAUCUGCAAGGUGCUUGCUUCGUCUUCGGACAAUCGCUGCCUCCAGGAAUCAUCAUUUCGGGGUCAUUUUAAAAUCUAAAGAAUCCAAUAAUCGCAGAAUUUAUAAAGAACUCUUUUAUUUAAUCGGGAAAUAUGACGAAAAUUUGACAAACCAUUUUGAUAUUGAUUCUGUUUUUUCAGGUCUCUCAGGACAAAAUUGAAAAAUGACUUGAUCGAUGCAGUUCGAUAAGUUCUGUUGGAUGAAAUACAAAAUUGACUGAAAGCUGGCUAAAUUCGUUGCGAUUCUUGUAGAUGAAUAAUCCGUUUUACUUUAUGCUACAAAAGAUUGUGCUAUUAUUAAAGAACGAUUUAUCAAUUUUGAUGAUGUUAGUGCAGAUCAAUCAGCAAAUGAUUUAUUUGAACAUUUUUAAAUGCAUCGAAACGUGGAAGUUUGGGAACAAAUUAAUUACACAAACCUCUGAUGGUGCUGCUACCAAUGGCAAGACAAUUAAAUGAGUUGCAGUCAAAGAUGACAUUAGCAUAAGAACCAUAUGCAUGGACACCAUUACCAUCUUUUGAAGACUUACAGAGAACGUACAGGACCCAGUUUAUACGGCUGAAUUACUUCUACAGUCUUUACAGGAUGAUGGUUUUUUUGUAAUUCUAAUUAUAUGACAACAUCUUCAGAUAUUCAAGAAGAUAGCAAUAGAAACAUCAGAAAUAAAAUAUAUGAACCAAAAGAAAAACAUGUGUGUAUUUUGGUGAGAAAGUUAAACAAUGGAAAUUGAAUUAUAUGAAAAUGAGACUGAAUUUAAAACGCAGUCAACAUGGGUUGAUUUUUCUGACGAUGAAAAAGAAGAAAAACGUAAAACAUCAUAUGACUGUGAUAUGUGUGAAAAAUCGUUCUCUCGGAAAGGUAGACUCGUUACUCACAGACGAAGUCAUACGGGAGAAAAACCAUAUCAUUGUAAUAUCUGUAGUAAAACUUUUUCUGCCAGACACAGUCUGACUAUUCAUAAACGUACUCAUACGGGAGAAAAACCAUAUCACUGUGAUAUCUGUGGUAAAACAUUCUCUCAAGGAAGUAAAAUGAAAAAGCACAAAUACAUUCAUACAGGAGAGAAGCCUUAUCACUGCAAUGUCUGCAGUAAGUCGUUCUCUGAAGGGGGCAACUUAGCUAAACACAAACGCAUUCAUACAGGAGAGAAACCAUAUCACUGUGAUGUCUGCAGUAAAUCAUUCUUUCAAAGAGUUCACUUGACCACUCACAAACGCAUCCAUACAGGGGAGAAGCCAUACCAGUGUGAUAUCUGUGGUAAAUCAUUCAUUGAAGGAAGUGUCUUAAAUAAACACAAGCAUAUUCAUACUGGAGAGAAACCAUAUCACUGUGAUAUCUGUGGUAAAUCAUUCUCUCGAAAUGACCACUUAGUUGUACAUAAACAUAUUCACACAGGAGAGAAACCACACCAAUGUGAUAUCUGUGGUAAAUCAUUCUCUCAAAAUUACCUCUUAGCUGUACAUAAGCAUGUUCACACAGGAGAGAAACCAUAUCACUGUGAUAUCUGUGGUAAAUCAUUCUCAGCAAGAAGUAAUUUAACCGUACAUAAAUACAUACAUACAGGAAAAUCACAAUAUCACUGUGAUAUCUGUGGAAUAUCAUUCUCUCGAAGAAGUGACCUAACCACUCAUAAGUACAUUCAUACAGGAGAUAAACCAUGUUACUGUAAUAUCUGUGGUAAAUCCUUCUCUCAGACAAGUCAAUUAACUAUACACAACACGUGUAUUCAUACUGGCGAGCGGCCCCAUCGCUGUGACAUCUGUGGUAAAUCGUUUGCUGCUGCACGCUACUUAACUAAACACGUACGUAUUCAUACCGGGGAAAGGCCGUAUCAUUGUGAUAUCUGUGGCAUCUCGUUUUCUCAAACAGGUCAUUUAACUACUCACAAACGUAUUCAUACGGGAGAAAAGCCAUAUCGCUGCGACAUCUGUGAUAAAUCGUUCACUCAGACAAGUCACUUAACUAUUCACAGGUAUAUCCAUACUGGAGAGAAACCAUAUCACUGUGGCAUCUGUGGUAAAUCGUUCUCUCAAAGCAGUGAUGUGACUAAACACAAGCACAUUCAUACAGGAGAGAAGCCGUAUCACUGCGAUAUUUGUGGUAAAUCAUUUUCUGCAAGGAGUAGCUUAACUAUUCACAACCGUUUUCAUACAGGAGAAAAACCGUAUAACUGUAAUAUCUGUGGCAAAUCAUUCUUCACGAGUAGUGAUAUAAACAAACACAGGCGUAUUCACACAGGUGUGAAACCAUAUAACUGUGAUAACUGUGGUAAAUCCUUCUCUGAAAGAAGACUUUUAUCUAAGCAUAGAGGAAUUUGUUCCGGAGACAAUAAAAGCCAUAUCACAACAAUAACUGGUGAAUAAUUUUUGUAGUAAGUUAACUAACCACUGAUAUUUUUGUACAGUAGAGAAACCAUAUCGCUAUGCUAUCUAUGUUAAAUGAUACUUGAUAUCAGAUCAUUUUGUCAUAAAUGUAUUUAUACAGAAGAGAAAAACUAAUGUGAUAUAUGCAAUGAAUCAUUGUCUUGAAAUCUCAUCUCACUAAACUUGUAUAUAUGUGUAUAUGGAAAACAAUAUCAACUCAUUCGAUAAAAAGUAUGGUAUUUAACUGUAAAUAUUUUCACAUAGAAAAGAAGAUAUAACUCUGCAUGAUAUCAACCUCCCAACCACAACUAUAUCUGCAUUUAUGACAUACUGAAUCAGUAAUAUUCUAAAUAAAAGCAUUUGUUCCGAAAACUCAUAUAUAUUCCAGAAGGUA